UCGUGGCAUUGUGCGGCUGAAGUCCGCGUUUCACUCAACGAUUUCAGAGCGACGAUAACACGAACGACUGAAGAUUAGACUAAAUUCGGCGAUGUUUUGGUGUUCCUGUGUGCAGUUUGGAAUUUAAUAACGCCAUCGCUAUUUGGCACAAUCGAUACGAGCCAACGCAUUCAACGGUUUUUUGAUGUUACCUACAGAAAUCUCGGGAGGAGUGUGUUUCACCGUAAGCCAGCACUCGCAGGGAGGAAAGAACGGCAUGAAAACAGAGGAAAACCAGUCAUGUCUUCAGCAAGCACCCUCUACCACACCUUUCGAGCAUGCGGGCGGAGGUGAGGUGUGCGCCGGCUGUGAGUCGCCCAUCGCGGACCGCUUCCUGCUGCGCGUGAACGAGCAGUCGUGGCACGAGACGUGCGUCAAGUGCGCCGUGUGUCUGAGCACGCUCAGUGGGACGUGCUACUGCCGCGACCGCCUGCUCUACUGCAAGCACGACUACGAGAAGCUCUUUGUGCGGAAGUGCAGCGCAUGCCUGCAGGUGAUUGGCCGCUCAGAGCUGAUCAUGCGCGUGCUGGGGCAGGUCUACCACCUCGGCUGCUUCAGCUGCUGUGAGUGCGAGCGCCGGCUGCAGCGCGGCGACGAGUUCGUGCUGAAGGAGGGCCAGCUGCUCUGCCGCGGCGACUACGAGAAGGAGCGGGAGAUGCUGGCCGCCAUAAGCCCCGCCCCCACCGAGUCAGUGAAGAGUGAGGAUGAGGAGGGAGGCACCGGCUCUGUUGGGGGAAAGGCCGGAGACGACAGCAAAGAACACAAGCGGUCGAAGCGGCCGCGCACCAUCUUAACCACGCAGCAGCGCCGUGCCUUCAAGGCCUCGUUCGAGGUUUCCUCCAAACCGUGCCGGAAGGUGAGAGAGACCCUGGCAGCAGAGACUGGGCUGACGGUGCGGGUGGUGCAGGUCUGGUUCCAGAACCAGAGAGCGAAGAUGAAGAAGAUCGCCCGCAGGCAGCAGCAACAGCAGCAGCAGCAGGAGCAGGAGCAGAUCGGCGGGAGCCGCAGGGGGCCCAGCCGAGGGGGGCGCCAGAGCAACGACGACAGUGAAGAUGGUUCCAGCAGUCAUGGUUUAGAUGGCAUGCUCUCCUACUCCGCUAUGCCCCGGCAGCAGCUGUUGGCUCUGGACCCAAACAUUUAUGGGAGUGAGCAAUUCCGGCAUGGGCUCACGCCGCCCCAGCUGGGCCCAGAGCAGAUGCACCCCUACGACUCAGAAGCAGUGUUCCACGACUUGGACAGCGAUGGAAGCCUCAGUCACCUCGGUGAUUGUCUCUUGGCGACAGCCGAAGGAGGGGUCUUGGCGGGGCGCGUGGGAAAUCCGAUUGACCGCCUCUAUUCAAUGCAAAACUCCUACUUCACCUCGUGACCCCUUCUUCACCUCUGGCCCCAGACUAACUCCUCCACUACCACCAGUGGCAGGAGAAGAACACAGACCAGGUCCUGCUGGAAUCCCAGCCUUCCAGCACCGAGACUGGAGGACCGCACAUACAACAGUCAUACUAGAGCUGUGUAAAUCAUGUUCUUCAUGAAGUAACUUCAUUCAUCCAGUUACCUUGCAUACAGGAAAUUCCACAAUCUAGGAUUGGACUAGCAAGACUCAAGGUGUCAGGAACAACAGCACCCUCGUGGUUAAACCAGUACCUAUUGUGCAUGACAUCAACAUAUAGACACAUGUACAUACAUUUUUCUAAUAAUCAUAGGCACACGAUAAAUAUGAAUAGGCAGCUGUUUACCAAAUUAUUACCUCACCGUCUGUCCGCUGUCUGACAAAAUAUCUUAGGAGUAAACAAGUCUAAUUCAUAUAGCAACCAGGAAUAUUCAUUUGUAAAUUUGUCACUUACAAUGAACUGAACACACUGCACAAACCUUAUUGCAUAGGAAUUUGCCGGCCAUCAAAGUUUCUCCCAAAAUAGUAGUUGAAUCAUAAAUAUCAUGUGCAUUAAGAUAGUCCUUUUGGGGGAAAAAAAGCUUUUCCUGUAAUAAUUAAAUUCUUUUUGCCAUAAUUUUUGUUAAUUUUUUUAAAACAGCAAAACAGAGACCCAAAUAUUAAGCUGAUUUUUCCACUAAGAUUAUUUCUUGCUCCAGGAGGGAUGCGAAACCUCGACCAUUAAGUACAUUUUCUCAUAAGAUCUUUACAUAGCUUUAGUGUUUUUCAUUGUCUGAUGUAACUGAACCUUCAAGAACGUUAUCAAGGCCUUUAUGAGACGAGUUAUGUGUAUUAGAGCAGGGAAACACUAAAUUGUGUGAUCACUAAAAGUGAUA